AUGUAUUUUAAACAAAUACAAGAGCAGUUGGAACAUACAAGUUUUAAGGAAUUGAUGAAAUUGAAAGAAAAAUUGGGGACCAAGAUAUAUAAUGAGACGGCAUUUGGAAGAAGAAGCAAGAGAAGAGUAGAAUUUAAGCGGGAAAAUAAAAAUAGGCCAUGUGAGAUGUCCGCUAAGAAGCCAGUUUCUAGGUUUAAUCCGGCGGUUGUGGUUAAAAAAUGUGUAUCACGAGAUCCUAGAUUUGAUAGUUAAUGCGGUAUAAACGAUGAAAAGGCCUUCAGGCACUCUUAUGCAUUUCUUAAUGAAUAUCGAGCAAAUGAUCUCCAAACUUUGCAAAAAGAGUUAAAAGAACCAACUGAUCCAAAAAGUAUAAAAAAGAUAAAAUAUCUCAUACAAAGGCUUGAAAAUCAAUUAAGAGAAGGGAAGAAACAGAAGGAAAAAGAAGAAAAGAAGGAAUUGCUGGAAUUUAUUAAACAAGGAGAGAAAUCAGUCUUUAAGAAAAAAUCUGAAAAGAAAAUCUUAAAUUUAGUCUCACGGUAUGAAGAAUUGAAGAACACAGGGAAAUUAAAAAAACAUAUUCAGAGACUGCAAAGGAAGAAUGAACACAAGGACAGAGCAAAGUUAAGAGAGAGAGAAGAAUUAGAU